AUGAUGGAAUACGAAUACACGGCUUUUCGGAAGGAGGUGGAUAUGCACAACAGGUGCUGUGGUGGGGCUGCAUGGUGCAUCCGGGAUAUCUGUGGUGUUAUAUGUGCCAUCAUGACCUGGUUGCUAAUACUCUAUGCUGAGUUUGUUGUUAUGUACAUCAUCCUCCUACCGAGCACAAACACAAUUUACUGUGGAAUAAACUUCAUCAUCUUUCAGAUGUGUGCUAUUUUGGCAUUCACAUCUCAUUUACGAACAAUGUUUACUGAUCCUGGUGCAGUUCCUAAGGGCAAUGCUACAAAAGAAAUGAUACAGCAAAUGGGCUUCAGAGAAGGACAAGUCAUAUUCAAGUGCCCAAAGUGCUGUAGCAUCAAACCAGAAAGAGCACAUCACUGCUCAGUUUGCCAAAGAUGCAUUCGAAAAAUGGACCAUCAUUGUCCUUGGGUGAACAAUUGCGUGGGAGAGAAUAAUCAAAAGUAUUUCGUGUUAUUUACGUUCUAUAUCGCCGCGAUGUCAUUGCAUUCACUGUUCCUGGCCAUAAAUCACUUCCUCGUAUGUAUAAGACACGAUUGGAAGGAAUGUUCGACGUACAGUCCACCUGCGACGGCGAUCUUUCUGUUAUUUCUAUGCUUCGAGGCAUUACUUUUUGCCAUCUUCACCAUGGUGAUGCUAGGUACCCAAGUGCAAGCGAUCUGCAAUGAUGAAACUGGCAUCGAGCAACUGAAAAAAGAGGAGGCGCGAUGGGCGAAGAAGUCCAGAUGGAAAAGCAUACAGUCGGUGUUCGGACGAUUCUCGAUAGGGUGGUUCUCGCCAUUCGCGAAACCGCUGCCCAAGACCAAAUGCGAAAGUCUUCUCUACUCGGUUUAAUUUCAGUUAAUUUAUU